AAGUUUUCCAUCCAAUCCACCCUCAAGAUCAUCCUUUCCAAUCGCGUUUUGGCACGCAUAAGCAAGAAGAGGCAAAGCCAAGACUCAAAGAAAGACUUCUUCCUGGGAUCUGAUUCAGACGUCAAUUUGGAAAAGAACUUGAAGUUGUCGCGUUUACUCUGGUUACGAUUGAACAUUGUGAUCGAUUGAUUGUCAGUUUCAACGCGUUCAGAGCAAAGUGGUACGUACGUACAUUCAUUCCUUCACGUCUCUGACGCGUUCGGUACCGUUUUGUACUUCAACUCAAUCUUCGCAUCUUUACCAUCGAUCAAGUGAUUGAUAGCAUCGGUGGCGUGUGUGUCUUUGGAUCGUUGUGAGAAAGGGUAAUCAUGUCGACCACUUCAGCCGCGCCAAAUGGUGCUCCAAUGCAAAAUGGUGCAUCCACAAGCGAUUCUGCUGCUGAUGGAUCGAAUGGCAACAAGAACGGAUCAGACGCUCCUAAAUCCAACAAUGUCCCUAGUCUUUCAUCUAUACCUCCUCAAAUGCAACAAAUCCUAAUGUCAAUGAACAAGGAAAGACUUCAACAAAUGGUAGCAAGAAUGAAAGCAUUACAAGCAGCAGGCGAAACAGAACAAUCCAGUCAAGAAUAUGCAAACUUGGUCAGCGCUUUCAGAUAUUUCCAACAAUUACAAUCCAUACGGCAGCAGCAAGCAAAAGCAAACCAACAACAAGGAUCACAAUCGAAUGGCGUUCCUGCGACAGACAGCACAGCAUCAAAUGCAACCGCUUCUGCUUCCACACCUGGUGCAAAAGAUAGUACUACAACACCCAAUGCACCAUCAAACACUGAAAGCACCACAACAGCAGAAGGCAAUGGAGCAGCCAUCGCUGAUGCAAGACUCAAAGCAAAUGGCGAUGUGACUGCCGAUCCAGCUCCCUCUCUAGCGCCUUCGUCCAACUUUACACCUGCACAAAUGGCCGCAUUGAAAACACAAAUCAUUGCUUUCCGUAUGCUGGCUCGCAACGUUCCUCUACCUCCUCAACUUCGAUCAGCACUUCUGGAUCCCAACAGUGCAAUUGAUGACAUCAAAGCCAAACUCGGUGAAAGUGUGGAGAAUCUAGGCGUGACCGGAAAGAUUGUUGAAGCAGGAGUGAAUGCCCAUAUGGCAGCAGAAGAGGCAAAGAAGGAGACUGCAGCACAGAUAGAAGAAAUCCCAAGACCACCAUCUCCUCAAGAUGAUCCUUCAAGUGACGUAUACCCUUACAACGCAUACCGCCAUCCGUUCACAUAUCUCUCCAAACCUUCGCUUGGCGCAGAUGAUUUGACAGGAACGAAACAACAGAGGCUUCUCGUACCAAGUGUUAUGCCUGCAGGAAUAGAUGCGUAUUUGCUGUUGCAAGAACGAGAUCGGUUCAUCGACGUGCGUAUACAGCAGAGAAUACGCGAAUUGCAAGAUCUUCCAUCUACCAUUUCGCAGAAGCCUAUGCAGAACGAUGCCUUAAAGGACAAAGAAAACGAAGAAGACUUUUCUCUCACCAAAUCGGCAUCAUCCGGUAACGCAAAGAUUCGAGCUUUGAUUGAGUUGAAGUCGCUUCAACUUUUGAACAAACAGCGUGCUUUGCGUGAAUCAGUGACAAAACAAAUGGCACAAGCCACUACUUUGGCACUCGAUCGUACCGGCUUCAGACGAUACAAGAAGCAAACAUUACGUGAUGCUCGUAUAACCGAACAAUUGGAACGCAAACAACGUGUUGAUCGCGAGAGAAGAGCAAGACAAAAUCAUGUCGAUUAUCUCACUUCAAUCUGUAAUCAUGGAAGAGAAAUGUUGGCUGCGCACAAAAAUCAUCAAGUCAAUGCAACACAAAGGAUGGGCAAAUUGGUGAUGCGAUUACACUCUGAAGUAGAAAGAGAAGAGCAAAAGCGUAUCGAACGUAUUGCAAAAGAACGUUUGAACGCAUUAAAGGCUGACGAUGAAGAGGCAUAUCUCAAAUUGAUCGAUACAGCAAAGGACACACGUAUUACCCAUCUUAUUCGUCAAACUGAUGCUUACUUGGAAGGCUUGGCACAAGCCGUUCAAGCACAGCAAAACGAUGAUGUGCACGCAGAAGCGAUUGCCGCUGAACGUGCUGGAAUUGCGCCUCCUUCUAUUGAAGAGCUUGCCCAACAAUCGGCCAAUCAAGAAGUCGGCGUGGCAGUUGAUGAGACAAUGUUUGGUGCUCAACGUCAAGAUGACCCCAACGAAGAUAAAGGAAAGGUGGAUUAUUACUCUGUUGCACAUCGCAUUACAGAACGUAUUUCUGCACAACCUUCAAUCUUGAUCGGUGGUACAUUGAAAGAUUACCAAAUCAAAGGUUUACAAUGGAUGGUGUCUUUGUACAAUAAUAGAUUGAACGGUAUCUUGGCCGAUGAGAUGGGAUUGGGUAAGACCAUUCAAACCUUGGCUUUGAUCACAUUCUUGAUCGAACAGAAGAAGCAAAGAGGACCUUAUCUCGUCAUCGUUCCGCUCUCCACUUUGACAAAUUGGGUCAACGAAUUCGAGAGAUGGGCACCGGCAGUACGAACGAUUAUCUACAAAGGUACACCUGGUGUGCGUAAAACACUCACGCCACUUGUGCGAGGUGGUCAAUAUGACUGUCUCUUGACAACGUACGAAUAUAUCAUCAAAGACAAGCCUUUGUUGGGUAAGAUUAAAUGGACAUACAUGAUCAUCGAUGAAGGUCACAGAAUGAAGAAUACGCAAAGUAGAUUGACUCAAACUUUGACGCAAUUCUAUACCAGUCGUUAUCGUCUAUUGUUGACCGGUACACCUUUGCAAAACAAUUUGCCAGAAUUGUGGGCAUUGUUGAAUUUUGUCCUUCCGAAAAUUUUCAAUUCGGUCAAAUCUUUCGAUGAAUGGUUCAAUACUCCUUUUGCCAAUACAGGUGCUGGUGAUAGCAGUAUGCAGCUAAACGAAGAAGAAGCUCUUUUGAUCAUCAAACGUUUGCACAAAGUCUUGCGACCUUUCUUGUUGCGUCGUUUGAAGAAGGAUGUCGAAGCAGAAUUGCCAGACAAAGUUGAACGAGUGAUCAAGUGUAAGAUGAGUGCUUUGCAAAAGAAGUUGUAUUCACAAAUGAAGAAUCACAAAAUGCUCAUUGCAUCAGACGAUUUCGGCAAAAAAGGAAAACCUCAAGGUAUUCGUGGUUUGCAAAACGCUAUUAUGCAAUUGCGUAAGAUUUGUAACCAUCCUUAUGUGUUUGAGGAAGUGGAGAUGGCCAUCAAUCCAACAAAGGAGACCGGAAUGGAUUUGUUCCGUGUUGCGGGUAAAUUUGAAUUGCUCGACAGAUUAUUACCCAAAUUGAAAGCAACAAAGCAUCGUGUUUUGAUGUUCUUCCAAAUGACCGCAAUCAUGGACAUCAUGGAAGAUUUUUUGCGUUUCCGUGGAUUCAAAUAUCUUCGUUUGGAUGGUGGUACGAAACCUGAAGAUCGUACCCAUCUACUGACAGCUUUCAAUGCUCCAGGAUCAGAUAUUGACAUCUUCAUCCUUUCAACACGUGCUGGUGGUUUGGGUUUGAAUUUGCAAACUGCCGAUACCGUUAUCAUUUAUGACUCCGAUUGGAAUCCACAUCAAGAUUUGCAAGCACAAGAUCGUGCACAUCGUAUCGGUCAAAAGAUGGAAGUUCGUAUUCUUCGUUUGGUGACUGCUAAGUCCGUUGAAGAGACCAUCUUGGAACGUGCUCGUGAUAAAUUGGAAAUUGAUGGAAAAGUUAUUCAAGCCGGUAAAUUCGACAAUCAAGCCACUGCAGCUGAACGUGAAGAUUUGCUGAGAGCCAUGUUGGAAGCGGACAACGAAGAAGAAGACGAUGAUGAAGAGGAGGCUGAUUUGAACGAUGACGAAUUGAACGAAAUCCUUGCGCGUGGAGAUCAUGAAAAGGAUAUCUUUAAAGAAAUGGACCGAGAGCGCAACCUCAAGGAUAUCGAAGAAUGGAAAAUGAUUGGUUUCACUGGAUCCAAGGUUCCUGAGCGAUUGAUGCAAGAUGAUGAAUUGCCAGCUCUGUACCAAAGAGACUUUGAUGCAGCAAACACGUUUGACGAAGAGCCUGAAGAGGAGCCAGCGUCAAGAAGACGUAACGUCGUUCAUUAUGAUGAUGGUUUGACUGAAGAACAAUUCUUGAAAGCUUUGGAAGACGAUGAUGUUGAUUUAUCAGAAGUUGUUGAAAAGAAACGUGAACGUGCAGAAAAGCGUAGAAUGAAGCUUUUGCAACAAUCGCAAAACAGUCAUGAAACUUCAGAAGCAGGAACGCCUGAACCAAGUGGAAAACGUGGAAAAGGAGGAAAGGGCAAAGGAGGAUCUUCGCGAGUCACACAAACGCCAGAGCCUGCUCCAGGAUUGGGUAAGAAACGUAAGAGAGGUUCAAAUGUGAUCGGAAGUGCCAGUCCAGAGCCUGAAGAUACACCCGUCCGUAAUGUAGGAGCCAAGAAGAGAAAAGGUCAAGAUGAUACUCGUGAACAGAUCUACGAAGUACUGUCUCAAUGCUACAAAGCAGCCGAUAGCACAUACCAAACAUUCGAAACGGGCGAGACACGCAAGAGAAAUUAUUUGUUCCAAGAUUUACCCAAGCGUGCACAUUUCCCAGAUUACUACGUUAUCAUUCAACAGCCCAUCUCAUUGCGUCAAAUCAAACGAAAGCUUGACAAGCGAGCAUAUGAUACUGUCACAGCGUGCAAAGAGGACUUUGAGCUGAUGUUAAAGAAUGCCAGAACGUACAACAAGGAAGACAGCUUGGUCGUUGAAGAUGCAUUGGAGAUCUUUAAAGCAUUUGAAGAGCGUUUCAAUGCUGUAGCUCGCAACAGUGGUUUACCCGGAGCCGAUAACGAAGGCGAGGUUAGCAUGUCUCUGGACGAUGGUGCAGAAGAUGAUGAUGACGAUGAAGACAGACAGCCUUCUCGAUCUGGCCGUGGAGCACCAUCUGCUCCCUCUUCUGCCCAACCCGGUCGUCCUCGAAUCAAAAUUAGUAUGCGCGGACGUGCAAGUAGAGGUGCUUCAGCCAGCAGACGUCGCGAAGAUGGCGAGGAAGGAUCAGAUGAUGAAUAAAUAGGUAUUCAUCAUAUGUACAAUUUUUUAGAAGUAGAAUCCAACGUUUCUUUUUUGAGGCGAAGGAUUCUUGUAUAGCACAAAUGAUUCGUUCUGUUUGAUCAUAAAAUUCAUGUAUACAAAUUGAUACAUUAAGUAA